AGUGGCUGGAAAAGCAUAUUGAAAAGGCUAACUAUUAUUCCGAUUGAGAGGAAAGAAAAACCAUUCAAAUUAGUUCGAUUACCCGACCCGAUAUUGGCACGAUGGAAGCAGUUAGGGCUAGAAGUUAAAAUUAGUUCUGAUAAUUGCCCUGCUGACUUGGGGUUGCUCCUCUAUUAUUUUCACGAAGUUUUAGAAGGUCGUGGUGAGGAAUUUUUUCGGCAAAGUUCAAAAAAAGCGGACAAAGAAAUUUCCAAAAUGAGUAAGGAGGAACGAGAAAAAGGAUGGAGUGACUACCAUUCGGAAGUUAUGAAACAAUACCAAAAAGUAGAAGAAACUGAAAAUCGGGAAUUUAAUCCUGAUGGUAGUGCCGAGCAAGGUCAAGCAAGUUUUAAAAAAAUUGUGUCCACUAUUUCUAAAUACAUUACUGAAAUAGACAAUUUAAAGAAAGAAUUAGAAACUGAAAAGGCAAAACCAAAAUUAAAGGCUAAUGACACUGACCCUCAAAAUAAAGGAGAGGAUAACGAAGAACUAAUUGCUGAAAGAGAUGAGUUAGCCAGAGAUAAAAAGACUUUGGAGCAGCAAGUAUUGGCUCAAAAUAACCAGUUAAGGAAUAAACAACAAGAAGUCUCUAACAAAGAACAAGAGAUUGAAAGAUUGAAAAAAGAGAAGUCCCAAUCUGAAAUCUCUUUAAAUAAAAAAAUUACUGAACUGAAAAAAGAGUUAGAAAGCCAGUUAGAGAGUCUGUUAGAAAGUUUAAAACCAAUAAACCAACAAAUAGAAGAAUUAGAGAAAAAAAUAGAAGACUUAAAGAGGGUUAGAGAUUUUCCAGAAACCACAAAAAAUCCAAGAACUAUUAAUAGUUGGUUUAAAGAAGGUUUGAUAAUUCAACAACAAAUUGACUUAUUACAUGAAAUGGCUCAAAAAGGAAUGAUUAAUAUUGAUUUUGAUAAUACUCUUUAUACUUGA